GCUCCAGUUAGUAAAAUCAAAUGCACAGGCAGUGAGAACGACUUGUGUGUCUACACAUAUAAAUAUUCUGGAGCCACCCACCCUUCCAUUAAGAAAGCCUCCAUCCGACCUUGAGAAGGUGAGAGAGAAGAGAGAAGAAGAGAAAUAGACAAAGGUAACCUGUUCUUGCCACACCUGUCUUGGUGGCCAGUCAUGGCCACCGUGGGGCAGCCUGGCCCUGGCGCCAUGAGACGGGUCACCGUGCACUACGCCAACUCGCCCACCGGAAACACGGGAGAAGCGAACCUCGAAGGCCUAGACGACCAUUUCCUUCAGUUUGUUCUUGGUCAGGAGGGCUUGCACCAAUCGAUCUUGGAUGAAGGAUACAGCAACCAAAACCAUAUGAGAGGUCCAGGACCCACCCCAUCUGAUCAUUCGCAGGCACAGUACUACCAUGGGGAGAGCAGCACUGCUACAGCAGCAGCAACUGCUUCCAGAACUUCAGGCAGGGAUGAACAGAUUGCCUCGGACCUCGAGUACGCUAAGCAGCUGCAGGAGAUGGAGGACCUGGCCAUUGAAGAUGACGAUAUAAGCUGUGUACCCUCCCCAUCUGACACCGAUGACGAUCACGACCACAACGAAGAAGAGGCUGACAGGCAGGAUGAUAAUGAUGAUCCAGACAACAUGACUUAUGAGCAAAGGCAGGCUCUUGUGGAAUCAGUGGGGACUGAGGGCAGAGGUUUAUCUGAUGAGCUCAUCUCCUAUCUGCAGUCAUGGAAGUACAAAUCGUCAGGAUUUUUCUCAAGGAAGACAAACCAUGAAGAUUGUCCUAUAUGUCUGAAUACUUUCAGACACCGAGAAAGUCUCAUAACAUUGCCGUGCAAGCAUAAUUACCACGCAGUUUGUGUCGCCAAAUGGCUCAAGAUCGAGAAGACCUGCCCUGUCUGCAAAUAUGAAGUGUUUGGACCUUCCUAGUAUGAGACCAGAAGAAAAUCGUCGGAGCAGACAGAUAAUCAGACGUCACACAGCUGGCUGCAUCGCCUACUUGUCAAUGCGGAGGAAAAUGAAAAGAAAAGAGAAAAAAGAAAAGAAAAAAAACUGUAAACCAAAAAAAGGGGGAAACAAAAAGAAUAGCAAAGCUAAAUAUUUGGUCAUGAUUCAUAAAGGUGUUUUUCUUUUACCUUUGGUUUUUUUGGCAUAUGGAAUGUUCUUAAGCUUCACAAUCUUACAUAUAUGUUACAGAGUUUUCCCCCC